UAGAUUGAGUUUUUCAUUAUCCGCUGAACACAUUAUAAAAAUUAAAUAACAGUGAAAUCAAAAUGCCACUAUUAUAAAUGUCAAACUUGAGUUAGACGGGCUUAUUGACGAAAUCUUUUUACUAGCACCCGUAUUUACAUUUAAAUUAAAGCGAGAAUACAUGCAAAUAAUUUAACUGUGGUAAAAUAAUCAAAAUCUGCAAGAUAUGACUUUAAUCUUCAUGAGACGAUGACCAUUGUCAUUGAGGACGAUGUCAGACUGGCGUCUGAGGUUCCAAGAUUGGUAGAGGCCGACGAAGGUAUGUCUCUCCCCUCUGUGAUGACGGAGGCCGAAGAGCCGGCCGCUGGAGUUUCUGAUCAUUUGCGGCAAGAGGGGCCGUCGACUUCGCAGCCAGACGAUGAUACUUCUUCGCCGGCCGAUGGGAGAGGCAAAGGCGUUGCCAAAGAUGGUUAUGAGACGGAUUCCGAGGUUGAUGUCACUGACCUGAGGAUGAUGAAGGAAGGGUUUACCCAACUUGAGGUGAGGCUGGAGGGGUCUACGAGGACCAUUGUGAUCCCCAUGGAUCGUGAUCUAUUAAUUAAUACGGAGAAUGUAUUCCCUUCCCUUGGCCCUCUUUGCUCCGACGUAGAAGGUGAAACCCUGAGAGAAUUGGACGAUAUUACUUUGUCGAGGGGAAUAGUCGGCCUUGCCCUCAUGACCAUGAUCUUGGAGAUUGAGAUCGCUCGAAUAGAGGAGAAGCAUAAGAAAAUAUUUGAGAAGUUGGAGCGCAAGUACUUUGAGUAUCGCGGCAAGUACCAGGAGAUUCGCAGGCAUUUUGGCUAGGGUGGUAACUUGCGGGCCCUUCGUGAUGAGUUGAAGGAGAAGGAUGACAAGCUGGAGAAGGUCAUAGAGAAGUGUACUGUCCUUAAAGGGACGUUGAGAGGUAAGGAGGAAGAGCUCGAAGUCAGCAAAGGGGUCGAAGCCCAGUGCAGUGAUCUCCAUGCUCAGGUGGUUUCACUGCGUGCCCAUCUUGAGGAGUGUCAAUACAUACUUCAGAUUUUCCUAAUGUUCCUCGAGAGUUGUAUGAGGAGUGGAUUCAUGUUGAGGCCCAGUUAGACGUGUUUUGAGAUUUGCAUGCCGCGGGAUCUAUUUCUAAGACCGCCCUCGAAGAUGCUCGUGUUAAAGCUCGCGAAGCUCGAAUUGCUUGCAGGUAUGACCCCGUUAUGCCAGAGGACUACGAGGACGAGGGGGACGAAGGUGUAGACUGGCUCGAGCAGAAUGCCUGGUAUGACGCUGCAUAUCCUGAGGGCGAAGGCGGCGAUGGCAAGGGUGUUGAAGGUCAAGGGGGCGACGCUGUUGAGGACCAAGUCAGCGGGGAUGUCGAGGGUCGUGAUGGUGGUGGCCAAUAUUUUUCUCUUUUGAUUUUUGUAUA